AUGACGAGGCGUGUGCGCACGUCGUCCCUGGUGGGAGCCCAGGUCACCUCCGAGACCAAAGAAGUGCCUGAAAACAAACCUGCUGACAUCCCCUGCUCGGCGUAUCGGUCCGGCUGGAGCAACCCCCGCAUCGAGUGGAAGUUCCAGAAGGGCUUAUCGCUGGUCCUCUUCUACUACGGGGGAGAGCUGACAGAGCCCUACAAGAACCGGGUCCAGUUCUCGCCCACCACCAUCCACUUCAGCACGGUGACGCGGGAGGACACGGGAAAGUACAUCUGCGAGGUGGUGGGGGACGGCAGCCAGAUUGCCAAGUCGGAGGUGAACCUCAUCGUCCAAGUGCCCCCCUCCAAGCCGGUGGCCCACGUCCCCGCCUCGGCCACCAUCGGCAGCAAGGCCGUGCUGCGGUGCACUGAAACAGAUGGCUCGCCGCCCCCCACCUUCCGCUGGUACAAGGACGGCAUGCUGAUGCCCGCCGACCCCAAAACCAGCCCCACCUUCAGAAACUCCUCCUACACCCUGGACUCUGCCACGGGGGAGCUGAUCUUUGAGCCCCUGAGCGGCUUCGAUACCGGCGACUACUCCUGCGAGGCGAUGAACAACGUGGGCUCCCCCCAGAAAUCGGACGUUCUCCGCAUGGAAGCCAGUGAAGUCAACGUGGGAGGCAUUGUGGCCGCGGUCGUGGUGCUGCUGAUGGUGCUGGCGCUCGUGGCCUUUGGCGUCUGGUUUGCCUACAGCCGGGGUUUCUUCAAGAGAAAAGACACCACCGGCAAGAAGGUGAUUUACAGCCAGCCCUCGCACCGCAGCGAAGGAGAGUUCAAGCAGACGUCCUCCUUCCUGGUGUGAAGCUCCUCCCGCGCCACCAACUCUUGUAAAUGUUUCCGAAUUACUGUAGCUACGCCGUGAUUUUAACUAUUAUUUUUUUAAGUAUCACCCGGUGCCUUUGCAGUGACCUCAGGUGGUUUUCGGGGGGUAGGUCUCCUGUCCCCCCUCCGGUCCCCUCCCCAGCAGGACCCGGGUCACAGCCGUGCCCCUGCACAGGGACUGCUGCCCUUUGGGGACGGCACCGCGUCCCCGGGGGGUUUCUUGUCCGUGUCCUCGGAGGGGACGGGUCUGUGGUGGGGGCUGCUGUAGCCCCACAUCCCCCCCGGCUGUCCCGGGGGGUAGGAGCGCAUCUCCCACAGCGCCAGUCCCAGCCGCCCACUGGUCCCAGUUGCCCCCCUGUACUGGGGGGGGGCUGGACUGAGCCCGGGGGUGGCGGCUGCGGGUGGCCGCUGCUGGAAAUAAAUAAACCUGUGUCCUUGUA